AUGGCCCGUCUAUCGCAGGGCCCUGUCCAGGGAAGCACCGCGCCUGCGUCAUCCGAUGUCGCCGUCGCGGAAUUGACACAGUUGCUCCUACGCUUGCAGCACAACCUCCUCCAUCCGAGCCCAGACCGCGAAAGACGGCUUCGAACAAGCGAGUACGAGAGAGCAAAGGUCGAAGCUAACCUGGAAUACGCCCGGGCCGUCUUGACGAAGCUCGAACAAGAUGCCUUACAUGUGAAAGCUCCAACCAGAAGGAUGGAGACACAGAAUCUCUUGAACGUGAACCGGGAACGACUGGAGACACUUCUGGACAGACUGGAAGAUCUAAGACACAUGGCUGUAGACGACGACAACAGCUCCGAAGAAGAAGACCUCCUGGGACACAUCAUCCCCACACCAAGCGAAAGCAUGGAUUCACGAUCCUCAGACACACGAGACGAUUCACAAAUUCUCGAAACGCCCCCAGCUCCCCCGACCCCGGAACCCAUCCCAACACAAGAACCCGUUCCGCCUCCAGCAUCUACCAUUCCCACAGUUACACCAACGCAAACCACACAAACACUCCGAUCCCGCCCCUCUGUACAGCCAACGCCAUCUCCACAAGCAUCCUCAUCACAUACCACCGCCCGAGCAGCCCUCUUCGCAAACCGCCAAAAGCCCUCUGAACCAGAAACAACCACCGCCACAGCCGAAGCCAUCAUCGAGAACCAGAAAGCAGAGCAGGACGAUUUGACGAAUUCGAUCCUCGAAAUAGCAAGUGCCUUGAAGGAGAGCUCCAAGAGAUUCGCAUCCACGUUGGAAGAAGACAUGGUUACACUGCAAAAAACCGAUGCGGGCAUGUCCAAGGCGGAACAGAGCAUGGAGUCGGCUUCCGGUCGGAUGGGCACAUUACGAAAGAUGACGGAGGGGAAGGGCUGGUGGGGACGUAUGAUAUUAUAUGCGUGGGUGUAUGGCCUGAUGGUUGGGUUAAUCUUGUUGGUGUUUGUGAUGCCAAAGUUGAGGUUUUAA